AUGCAUCCAUUUCAUCGUCAUGAGAAGGCAUCAUACGCUCAGCCGCUUGUUUUUGACGACGGCAAAACAGACAGUGAGGCUAUCACGGCGGCUAUAAGACUGGUUAAGAGCAACACUGACUCGCUUAACUCUCAUGCUACUGGAUCGCAUUAUACACAAGACGGAUUGCCUCCGUGA